AUGCCGGUGGAUGGGAUAUCGUCGCCGAUAUGCUUCAAAGGCUCCGAGAGCUUCGAUUUCAUCAGGUCGAUACAUAGUGGUCGUAAAUCGAGAGUGUGGGUGGCUAAGAUAGAGGAAGAUGUGGGAGGGCUGGCUGGACAGCUGUGUGUAGUAAAGAUGAUCAACACUGCUGAGUUCCGGAGUCGAGAGCAAAUUCAACACAUCUUGGAUGAACGAAAAGCUGCGUACAUGGCUGGCCAAAAUUCCGACCUGCAGGGACGGUGUUGUGCCUUACUGGGAACUUACAAGACGCCAGAUCAGGUUUGUCUGGUUCUCACUGCUAUGAAGGGUGAUCCUAUUCAUCAUCACUUCCAACGUGCAGCUGGCGGGCACUUCACUGAGUAUCGAGCAAAGUACUAUACUUACUACAUAGCAUCAACGUUGAGGAUACUGCACAGAGAAGGUUACGUCUAUCGAGAUUUAAAGGCCAGCAACGUGUUAUUGGUUGAGGGACGUCCUGUCCUGAUUGACUUUGGUAUGUGCAAAAAGAUUGCCGAGACAGGAGGCAGGACCUAUUCGGUCUGUGGCACAUACCAUGCUAUGGCCCCCGAGGUACGGGCACUUUCCGGCAUCGAUCACGAUGCUCGGGUCGCGACCACGAGCGGGUAUGGGUACGCUGUGGACUUCUGGGCGUUGGGUAUCCUUUUGAUAGAGAUGCUUACUGGUAAGCCGCCGUUCGGGUACAGGGAUGGUGAUAUUGGCGACCUCUUCGAUCUCUCAAGAGGCAGUCCAAGUACAAUACACUGGGCUUCUGGCUUCCAUCCAUCACGUGAGCUGAUCGACUUGGUGGAAAAACUGUUACAGCCAGAUCCAUCACAGCGGCUCACUGACUGGGACGCGACACUGAGCCAUCCUUAUUUCACCGGCAUAACCGACGAUAUGCCCCCACCUGAAUGGGACCACGACUUGGGAGCUGAUCUGUGGGAUACAGACGUCAGCGAUGAGUCCUUCACGAGCAGCUCGGUAGAUGUUUUCCGCGACUUCUGAUGCUCGUCUCCA